AGACACUGUCACUGGCAUUGAGCCAACAUGGCUUCCUUUCCGUGUAAACAACAACAGCAUCAAGUGAACGGGGUUUGAGUUUAGGCCUAUUACCUCGCAUAUGCUCUGUCUCUUGGAUUUCGCAAAUAAUACGCAACUAGAAAUAGUUAUGUAACCUACAACGAUGUGCCGAAUGUGUUUCUAGUGAGUAUAUAUUGCGCCCACCCCAAUUGUAACUCGCUAAUUUAUCUUUUGAGGCCAACAUGAACAUUAGUUAGCUGCUAGCCUGCUAACGUUAGCUCGCUGGCAAGCUACCACCACCAAGGGAUAUUGAGUUUGAAGCAGCUAGCUAGCAAGUUAUCUAGCGAAACAUGGUGUGAGUUUUUUUAAAGGUUGAUAGUUCGGUACAAUCGAUGCUUGUUGUGAAAUGUAAUUGCAUACAAUCAACGUAUACAUAUUUUUAGUUUACAUACAGUAGCAACGUGCUAGACAUUAGCUAGCUAACUAAAGUUAGCUAACGUCUGGUCUAAUUUAUCAUUGCUUGCAAACGUUCGCUAGUUAGCCAACAGUACAUGUUAGCUUUUCAAUUAUCGCUUACGCUGGAUUAAAGUGAUCUCUCAUUGGACCACUUGGAUGAAACCAGUGUUUAUAAUUUUCUUAGCUAACUAACAUUAGCUAAAGUUAAAGUCAGCUGACCGUCUCAUAUUUACAGCUAUCUAGCGAGGUAACUACUUAGCUAUGUUCGUUAGUUAGCUAACUUAACUAGCUAGCUACGACGUUUGUUUUAUUUUAGCUAGUUAGUAUAGUAACUGGUAAUGUGAAGAGAGGCCUGUCAGUUUAUACGAUUAAGGAUUAUUAAUCAUUAAUACAGUAGCGAACAUACCCCAUUCCAUGGUAGCUAGCAUGACAGUUAUUUAGGCCUUUCUAGUUUUAAUUAAAUAGUUUACCUAACUAACUAGUAGGAACAACCUAACUAGCUAGCUACCGGUAAGUAAUUUGUUAGAUCAAAUAGUUACCAAUGAGAAUACUGAAUGUCUUACAAUCAACUGAAUAUCGUCAGUUGUCUAAGUAGCUAGGGGCCUACAAGUGGCAUUUAUGGGGAUACUAAUACAUUUCGCUGGCCACAUGAAGUAGCUAACCUUAAAAAAAUUUUUGUUAUCAAUUGUGAUAAUGUAACCUUCAACCCCAACAGAUUAUUGUCCUUCAGACAACUCAUCAUCCUCCUCUCCGCUGGGUAGUUCAAUAGCCAUGUCCUCGCAUCAGCCCACCAGUUCAGCCUCCAACAGUCCCACCAGCACCUUUGGCUCACCUUUCUCAGUCAUCAGCCCCUCACUGGGCUCCCCUGGUGUGGCACCCUCCAUGGGUUAUGGGCCUAUUAGCAGUAGUCAGGUGAGAAACAAACCCAGGGACCUUGUUUUGCUUUUAUGUUUGCAUUUGAAUGAUCCUACUCUGUAUGUGUUUAUUCUCUAGCAUUAUUUCCAAGCUCAGACAAGUGCAAAAGUUUGUUGCUGCACACAUAACCGCUGACAUUUAGGCUAGCCUAGAUGUUAUUUUUUAUUUUUUUAAAUCAGUCAUGAUAACAGUAUUGUUAUUUAUUUAUAUAUAUAUAUAUAUAUAUAUAUAUAUAAUUAUUAUUAUUAUUAUUAUAAUUUUUUUUUUCUUCACUUUUUUGUUUGUGCACAGAUCAACUCUACAAUGGGGAUGCACUCGAUCAGCAGCUCCGAUGAUGUCAAGCCCCCGUUUGGCUUGAGGCCUAUGUCUGCACACAGCCCUGGGAUAAUGCUCUCCCAGAAACGCAUGUGUGCCAUCUGUGGAGACCGCUCCUCUGGUGAGUGCUGUGCACUAAGAGCAGGGUUAGUAGAGGUGAAACGUCGGGCUGGGGACUUAUUUUAAAUCCCUGGCAAUUUCAGAGAGGAUAAUCCUUUUUGUCAGCUGUCUUCAGCUGUGUGUCCUGACCUCUGCAUCAGUCUAACCAAUGUUCUUUACCGGCCUGUUUGAUUCUAUGUCAGUAUAUAAACACUAAAGGCAUUUGAAAUGCUGCAGAUUCAUUAAUUAGUGAAGCUCUGCGUAACUGCUCGUAAAAAAAAAAAAAAACUCCUCAUUCCUACAUAGUGUUGCACGGUAUACCGGUACCACGGUAAUAUCACAGUACCAAAACGUCAUGAUACUAAUGAUACCAACAUUUUAGAAUACCGUAGUACUGUUUCAUAUGAUACUACCGACUUUUUCAGCCCUACCGAUAAAAAAAUAUAAUUUAGCUGUGAUGGCGAGCGGGGAUACAGACCCUGAUGAGUGUUCUGUUAGAUUUGUUACAUUGGAGCAGCGCGCAAAGCGAGCAAUGAUGAUACAUUGUAUCAUUUCAUCGCCUGUUAUACCCAAGAGCACAGACCAGUCUGAGUAUACUUUUCAAGUUCAUGUUCAUGCAGCCUCUGAGUGUCAGAGAGGGAAAAUGGAGCACCGCUUGGCGACAGGCGUGCUUGCUGCUUUACAGCAAAGAAAAGGGCUUGUCUCGAAAAUAUGACCCUUAUUACCAGAGAUGCCUUUUUUUAUUUAUAUCGGGAUUCACACGUAUUUUAUAUAAUUUCUAAAAAAAAUGUAGCAAGCCAUUUUAAACUAAUCCCGGGUCGCUAAUUAUUGCUUUGAUAAUGAACAACGUUGUUCAGUCAUGUUACCUAGCUAGCUAACAUCCUGGUAACUUGACAGUAGGUUUAGGCUCAUCUGAAUGGCCCAGGAAGAAAGGAAAAGGGUUUGCUACUCAUGAGAUGUAGGCCUAAUGGAAGACUAAACGAUUUCAAAAUCUAUUUCUUUCUGGUGCUCCUUAAAUUCUGUUUGGUGCCUAACGUUUUAAAAGUUGGGAGCAGUGUGUGUAUGUGUUUGUGGGAGACUGCAAGUGGUGUGUGUGUGUGUGUUUAUGAGAGUGAGGGAGACCGUGUGUCUGUCUGUGUUAACUGAAGAGUAAAGAAGGUUUCAUGCAAUGUUUUCCCCUUACUCACACAAUGACAUGCAGAUCAUUAUGCAUCACAGGAGGUUGCUGGCACCUUAGUUGGGGACGACAGGCUCGUGGUAAUGGCUGGAGUGGAAUCAGUGGAAUGGUAUCAAACACGUUUUCUAUGUGUUUGAUGCCAUUCCAUUUGCACCGUUCUAGUCAUUAUUAUGAGCCGUCCGUCCCUCAGCAGCCUCCACUGAUGUAUAUUCCUUCCUCCUAUUCCUCCAGCCAAAUCACACAAAGGCCUUUGCAAAACUUAGCAAAUCAGCCAUUCAAUGCAUUAUGCUAUUAUACACUGAACAGUGUGAAGUUAAAUUCAAUGUGUUGUAUUGAGUAGAAGUGUGAAUUUUUAGAAAACGUGAACAAGCGUCAGGGGGAUGAGGCGAACAGGAUUCUAGGCCAUUGAUUUUUCCCCCACUAUGGUAUUGAGAUACUACUUGGCCUGGUGUCAUAUCAUUUGUAAAAUGUUGGUGUCGUGACAAGCCUACCCCCCCCGCAGGUAAGCACUACGGUGUGUACAGCUGUGAAGGUUGCAAGGGCUUCUUCAAACGCACAGUUCGCAAGGACCUGAGCUACACCUGCAGGGAUAACAAAGAGUGCCUGGUGGACAAGCGCCAGCGCAACCGCUGCCAGUACUGCCGCUACCAGAAGUGUCUGGCUAUGGGCAUGAAGAGGGAAGGUGAGGAGGGGAGGGGAGGGGAGGGACUGAAUGUUUGGAGCAUUCAUAUUUAAUCAAUUUUGAUGAGAGUUUGUAGGAGUGCUUUUGAAAGGGCAACAUAAAUUUUAAAAAGAUUGAGAAACUUGUGGGUUUUUAAAACCUGCAUAAUCAACUUGACUACAUUUUUUUUCAAAGUAGGCUGUUGUAAGAAUAUAUUUUGGAUAGACUCAGAAAUGGUAUAGUUCAAAGCCCAGAAUCAUUUGGCCAAAUGAUUGAAUAUAGGCCUAGCCCAGUAAAACCUUUGACGAUCACUUCUAUUUGAUCAUUUUAUUGUGUGGGGGAGGGUACGUUGUUUUCAAAGUCAUUAACAAAACAGAGGGGGAGAGAAUAUCGGGGUAGGUUCAUAUAACUAACCCCUCUCUUACUUUUCUUUCCCCCUAUUCUCUCUCUCCCUCCUUCUAUAGUGGUCCAAGAUGAACGUCAGAAAUGUAAGGAUAAAGUCAUGGCGAGAUGAAGAAUGAUAUAUUUGGAUGUGGUAUUGAGAGAUUGCAAUUAAACACCAAAUGCUCGGCACACACUGGUAGGCUAAUUCUCACAUCACAAUGGCUAUGAAAUGAAAGACGUGAAUGCAUUAUGGUGUAAAAGUAUACCAAUUUGACCUUUCACCCUGUAUGGAUGAAGCCUAACACGAGUUAAGACGGGCACAACAGGGUUUCCUCCUUUCUUUUCUAAACCUGUGACUCCACUCCCUCCCGUCCCUCUCCUAUUAACCCCCACCCCUCUUCCUGUCUCCCGUCUCUCCCUCUCCCCUCCUGGCUGUGUGGUGUGGUGUGGUUGGGUGCAUGGCGGGGUGCAGCAGUCCAGGAGGAGCGUCAGAGGAUCAGGGAGCGAGAGGAGGGACUGGAGUGCAGCAGUGCUGUGAACGAGGAGAUGCCCGUGGAGAAGAUCUUGGAGGCGGAGACGUCCGUGGAGCAGAGGGUGGAGCUCCACUCUGACGCAGGCUCCGCUGGUAGUUCUGUGAGUAUACAGGGCUAUACUGUUGACUGGAUCAGUAUUAGGGUUGCGAAAUUUUGCGACGCUAAUAAGUAUUCGGAUAGAGCGGUGUCACCUCAAGGAAUUACCUGGCUCCGAUUCAUAGCCUACUGCUCAACUCUUGGGACGAAUAUACUUUGAAAACGUUAGAUAAACUGCUGUCUGUUUAGCAUCAAGAUUAAAGGUGUUUUCUUUCCUACUAGGGAUUAUUGCAUUAUUUCUAGCUUCAGGAUUGGCUUUUAGGGUCUGAUGUUAUUGCAUUUUAUGGGAUUUUUCUAUCUUUUUUUUGUGGUUUUAGCCCCAUGAUGCGGUGACAAACAUCUGCCAGACUGCAGACAAGCAGCUGUUUGCAUUGGUGGAGUGGGCCAAGAGGAUCCCCCACUUCUCUGAGCUGCCCCUGGAUGACCAGGUCAUCCUCCUGCGUGCAGGUACCACUGCCUGGAGGGAGGGAGACACCAGGAGGGUGGAUGUGAUAUGCACUGUCUCAAAGAAUAGACUUUAAAAGUGAUUUUCUGUUCCUGUAUUUAUUCAAGAGGCAACCAGAGUAGUGCAUAUGAUGGUGUACAUUUCUCUACCAGUGCAAAGCCCAAAAAGACUGAUCAUAGAGAAGGAGCUGCCCCUAUUGUGGGGAUAUUUGUAACUGCUGUCAAUUGUAUUACAUGCCCGUAUAUCCUGCUAUUAUAAAAAAAGACAAGACAGGGAAAGAAAGACCAGAAAAGAGAUGGCUCCUAAAAAAAAUAAAAAUAUUUAAAAUAAUAAGUAAAUGUUUUUAUAAUAAAUGGUUUAGUACCCAAAUGUGUGGGGGUAGGGGUGGGUUUUUAAUAUAAAUAAAAAAGAAAGAAAGAGCAGCCGCUAAUUGUAUGCUUUAUUCCUCCUCUUUAUCCGUCCUUCGUCAGGGGGCUAUUGUAGCAGAAAUGUCUUUAUCCGUCCUUCGUCAGGGGGCUAUUGUAGCAGAAAUGUCUUUAUCCGUCCUUCAUCAGGGGGCUAUUGUAGCAGAAAUGUCUUUAUCCGUCCUUCGUCAGGGGGCUAUUGUAGCAGAAAUGUCUUUAUCCGUCCUUCGUCAGGGGGCUAUUGUAGCAGAAAUGUCUUUAUCCGUCCUUCGUCAGGGGGCUAUUGUAGCAGAAAUGUCUUUAUCCGUCCUUCAUCAGGGGGCUAUUGUAGCAGAAAUGUCUUUAUCCGUCCUUCGUCAGGGGGCUAUUGUAGCAGAAAUGUCUUUAUCCGUCCUUCGUCAUGGGGCUAUUGUAGCAGAAAUGUCUUUAUCCGUCCUUCGUCAUGGGGCAAUUGUAGCAGAAAUGUCUUUAUCCGUCCUUCAUCAGGGGGCUAUUGUAGCAGAAAUGUCUUUAUCCGUCCUUCAUCAGGGGGCUAUUGUAGCAGAAAUGUCUAUCCGUCCUUCAUCAGGGGGCUAUUGUAGCAGAAAUGUACAGUCGUGGUCAAAAGUUUUGGUCUUCACAAAGUUCGCUGCUUCAGUGUUAUGAGAUAUUUUUGUCAGAUGCUGCUAUGGUAUACUGAAGUAUAAUUACAAGCAUUCCAUAACUGUCAAAGGCUUUCAUUGACAAUUACAUUUAGUUUAUGCAAAGAGUCAAUAUUUGCAGUGUUGACCCUUCUUUUUCAAGACCUCUGCAAUCCGCCCUGGCAUGCUGUCAAUUAACUUCUGGGCCACAUCCUGACUGAUGGCAGCCAAUUCUUGCAUAAUCAAUGCUUGGAGUUUGUCAGAAUUUGUGGGUUUUUGUUUGUCCACCCGCCUCUUGAGGAUCGACCACAAGUUCUCAAUGGGAUUAAGGUCUGGGGAGUUUCCUGGCCAUGGACCCAAAAUGUUGAUGUUUUGUUCCCCGAGCCACUUAGUUAUUACUUUUGCCUUAUGGCAAGGUGCUCCAUCAUGCUGGAAAAGGCAUUGUUCGGCACCAAACUGUUCUUGGAUGGUUGGGAGAAGUUGCUCUCGGAGGUUGUGUUGGUACCAUUCUUUAUUCAUGGCUGUGUUCUUAGGCAAAAUUGUGAGUGAGCCCACUCCCUUGGCUGAGAAGCAACCCCACACAUGAAUGGUCUCAGGAUGCUUUACUGUUGGCAUGACACAGGACUCACCUUGUCUUCUCCGGACAAGGUGUUUUCCGGUUGCCCCAAACAAUCGGAAAGGGGAUUCAUCAGAGAAAAUGACUUUACCCCAGUCCUCAGCAGUCCAAUCCCUGUACCUUUUGCAGAAUAUCAGUCUGUCCCUGAUGUUUUUCCUGGAGAGAAGUGGCUUCUUUGCUGCCCUUCUUGACACCAGGCCAUCCUCCAAAAGUAUUUGCCUCACUGUGCGUGCAGAUGCACUCACACCUGCCUGCUGCCAUUCCUGAGCAAGCUCUGCACUGGUGGUUCCCCGAUCCCGCAGCUGAAUCAACUUUAGGAGACGGUCCUGGCGCUUGCUAGACUUUCUUGGGCGCCCUGAAGCCUUCUUCACAACAAUUGAACCUCUCUCCUUGAAGUUCUUGAUGAUCAGAUAAAUGGUUGAUUUAGGUGCAAUCUUACUAGCAGCAAUAUCCUUGCCUGUGAAGCCCUUUUUGUGCAAAGCAAUGAUGACGGCACGUGUUUCCUUGCAGGUAACCAUGGUUAAGAGGAAGAACAAUGAUUUCAAGAACCACCCUCCUUUUAAAGCUUCCAGUCUGUUAUUCUAACUCAAUCAGCAUGACAGAGUGAUCUUCAGCCUUGUCCUCGUCAACACUCUCACCUGUGUUAACGAGAGAAUCACUGACAUGAUGGCAGCUGGUCCUUUUGUGGCAGGGCUGAAAUGCAGUGGAAAUGUUUUUUGGAGAUUAAGUUCAUUUUCAUGGCAAAGAGGGACUUUGCAAUUAAUUGCAAUUCAUCUGAUCACUCUUCAUGACAUUCUGGAGUAUAUGCAAAUUGCCAUCAUCAAAACUGAGGCAGCAGACUUUGUGAAAAUUAGUAUUUGUGUCAUUCUCAAAACUUUUGACCACGACUGUAUAUCUGUCCUUCGUCAGGGGGCUAUUGUAGCAGAAAUGUCUAUUGUCCUUCGUCAGGGGGCUAUUAUAGCAGAAAUGUCUAGCUGUCCUUCGUCAGGGGGCUAUUGUAGCAGACCUGUAUUUACUGUCCUUCGUCAGGGGGCUAUUAUAGCAGAAAUGUCUGUCCUUCGUCAGGGGGCUAUUGUAGCAGAAAUGUCUUUAGCUGUCCUUCGUCAGGGGACUAUUGUAGCAGAAAUAUCUUUACUGUCCUUCGUUAGGGGGCUAUUGUAGCAGAAAUGUCUUUACUGUCCUUCGUCAGGGGGCUAUUGUAGCAGAAAUGUCUUUACUCUCCUUCGUCAGGGGGCUAUUAUAGCAAGAAUGUCUUUACUGUCCUUCGUCAGGGGGCUAUUGUAGCAGAAAUGUCUUUACUCUCCUUCGUCAGGGGGCUAUUAUAGCAAGAAUGUCUUUACUGUCCUUCGUCAGGGGGCUAUUGUAGCAGGAAAGUUUUUACUGUCCUUUGUCAGGGGGCUAUUGUAGCUGAAAUGGCCGAAUCCACUAGUUUGAAGGGGUGUCCACAUACUUUUGACCAUGUAGAGUAAGAGAGCAAGAAGCAAUCCAUGACCUAUCAUUUGAUACAUUAUUAAUCCAUUUGAUCAGUAGCACCAUGUGUUAACUCUGUUGGACAGUAGCAAAUGCCCCAGAGGUUGUUGAUGUCCCUAAUAAGGUCCUUCUCUGCUCCUCUCUGCUCUUCUGUCCUGUGUAUCUGUCCCGUCCCAUCGGUCUCUCCUCCUCCCUCCUCUGCCCCUCUCCUGUCUUCUCCCCUCUCUUUUUCUCCUGUGUGUCAGGGUGGAAUGAACUUCUGAUCGCCUCCUUCUCCCACCGCUCCAUCGCUGUGAAGGACGGAGUCCUGCUGGCCAAUGAGCUGCACCGGGACAACGCACACAGUGCAGGGGUGGCGGCCAUCUUUGACAGGUAAGCACACAGUGCAGGGGUGGCGGCCAUCUUUGACAGGUAGGCACACAGUAUGCGGCUAAGUUUCCCCUUGGUACAGAUCUAGGAUCAGCUUCCCCUAACAUUAACCACUAGUGGGGAAAACGUACAAUAUUAUAAUAAUAGCAUAAUUACCAUCGAGAUGUGUAUAUAAUAACAGUGUUGUAUUAAUGUACAUAAUGUGAAAACACGCUGUAAUUGACCCCACAGGGAGAGUGUGCAGAGUGCCGAGGUGGGAGCCAUAUUUGACAGGUAAUAACACACACACACACACCAAGUAUAUGUCUAUGUCGACAAUUUUUGACAUGUUCUGUUUUCACCUGUCUGCCCUCCGUUCCUCCUAUAGAGUUCUCACUGAGCUGGUCAGUAAGAUGAGAGACAUGCAGAUGGACAAGACCGAGCUGGGCUGCCUCAGAGCCAUCGUCCUCUUCAACCCAGGUACUCUAUUAUUAACAUCAGUCCCUCAUACAAUGUUACCUCUGCACGUUUACUGUCAUGGUUUCGUUCCAAUAACUGUUGUGUGUUGUCCCUCCUUCAGACGCUAAAGGUCUAUCCAACACCGGGGAGGUGGAGCUCCUGAGAGAGAAGGUCUAUGCGUCACUGGAAGCCUACUGCAAGCAGAAAUACCCAGAGCAGCAGGGAAGGUAGGCAUUCAUGUGCUACAUGCUUUAGUACUAGUAUCCCAUACACUAAAAGGAAUGUACAUUUGUAUCAUGUCUAAAACAAUAUAUGCUAAUCUGCUAUCCUGUGUUGUGCUGCUAACUGGCACUGUAAGUGCUAAGAGUGUUGCUGUUGCAUUCAUGUAGCUUAUUAAUGUCCAGUUACAGAGGGUAGUGCGUACAGCCCAGUACAUCACUGGGGCCAAGCUUCCUGCCAUCCAGGACCUCUAUACCAGGCGGUGUCAGAGAAAGGCCCUAAAAAGACUCCAGCCACCCUAGCCAUAGACUGUUCUCUCUGCUACCGCACGGCAAGCGGUACCGGAACGCCAAGUCUAGGUCCAAAAUGCUCCUUAACAGCUUCUACCCCCAAGCCAUAAGACUGCUGAACAGCUAAUCAAAUGGCUUCCAGGACUAUUUGCUCUGUUUAUUAUCUAUGCAUAGUCACUUUACCUCUACCUACAUGUACAUAUGACCUCAAUUACCUUGACUAAUACUGUGGCCCCGCACAUUGACUCUGUACCGGCACCACCUGUAUAUAGCCUCGUUAAUGUUAUUUUAUUAUUAGUCUUUAAUUAUUAUAAUUUCUUUACAUUUCAGUUUAUUUUAGUAAAUACUUUCUUAACAGUUAUUUUUCUUAACUGCAUUGUUGGUUAAGGGCUUGUAAGUAAGCAUUUUACUGUAAGGUAUUCGGCGCAUGUGACAAAUACAAUUUUAUUUUGAUUUUGUUAUUUCAUUCCCUACCUCUCCUCCCCUCCUCAGGUUUGCUAAGCUCCUCCUCAGGCUGCCAGCACUACGUUCUAUUGGCUUGAAGUGUUUGGAGCACCUGUUCUUCUUCAAGCUGAUUGGUGACACCCCUAUCGACACGUUCCUAAUGGAAAUGCUUGAAGCGCCUCAUCAGUUGGCAUAG